AUGCCACAGGGCCGGCGGCUCGCGGGCUGCAAUGCUUAUCGUGCCCCUCCUGGGUGGCGACUUCUGCCCGCUCUGCAAUAUGUUCGCGCGGACAGCCCUCUUCGAGACGGCGAUGUGCUAGUCAUCGACCCAGACGCCAGCGUGGUCUGGGACCCCUUCGGGCCACUUCCCUCUGCGGCCGUGGAGGAGUCUCAUUCUGAUUGGCCCUCCUGCUCGUCGCCUUCUGGGAUACGAGGGGCCGGUUGGCUUGCCUUUCUUGCGGUCGCUGCGCGAUGGCCCCGUUGGCUUACUCUCGCUCUCCUUUCUCAUUACGUGUGCGGCAUGGUCCCGGUCCUGGAGGUGCCGGAUAGGCCCAUUCGCACAGGCCUGUACCCAUGGCGAGCCAAGCCCGGUGAGGAGGACCUUGUCGACCUCUCUCCUGGCACUGAGAUUGACGUUGUCUAUCUCAGCCCUUUCACUGGUCCGCGGGAAGCUGGACGUCUCCCCACUGUGUCCACACUUGAGGAUCUGAGCUCGCUUGCGCGGGCGUGCGAUCCUGAAUGGGCUGCUGAUGUUGCGCCGGUGUGGCCCACAGCGGCCAUCCCUGCCCUGCUUGUUGUGCCCCGGCCCCUCUCUCUCGAUAUGGUGUGUCUGGCCAUAUCGUCCUUGGAUCAACACUUUUCCAUCCUGACUCCGUGUGUCACUUCAGUGUCAUGGCUCAGUUUUGCUCUUCGUUUUCUGCAGCCUAUGCAGACCCUGUCUGUGCGAGCUCCCAGCCCUCUAACUGCUGAGGCCACCACGGAUCAAAAUGUUAGAUGGCGCUCAGGGGACCUCGUUGUCGCUCUUCCGCCCGCUGCCUUUGUGCCUGAGUACCAACCGCCCUGCUUUCACUCUGACACUCAAGUUCGGCAUUGCGCCAUAUGGUCGGUUGAUUUUUCAGUUUCCUUUCGAGCGAACUUCGUUCUGUGGCAACCGGGCGUCAGGGCCGUUAGGGGACAUGCCCCCGCAGGAGCUCGCUGGCAGGCACUCGACUUCACCUUCGAAGGGGAAUUCUGCCAACAUUACCCCGGUCGCUGGGUGCCCGUCCCCUGGAUUGCCCAGGACCACACGCAUCUCGUCCUGCUCCCUGAGGACCCAUCCCGUGCCAAUGUGGUGGUGGAAGCGGAUGGUCAAUGCUGGUGCGCCUCCAUCACUGCUGUCACAGAUGCGUGGCAACUGUGGACUGAACUGCCGACUGUUUCCGGUCAACCUCGGGUCCUCGGUGUUUCUCAUCACGAGCUUAGGCAGGGAACUACCCUACGCAGUGGCGAUGUGGUGUCCGAGGCCUCCGGACGCUUUUUACCUUGGGUCGUUUUCAGUUUGCUUGGGGUGUCUGGGUGGCGUACUGCCGGGCCUAGCGUUGUUCUCCUCGCAAUUGGAUUCGCUUGGGGACAUCCUGUCUGGGCUACUCGCUACACUGGCGCUGCCUCGCGCUCCUCUCUGGACCUGCACGCAGAGGGCUCUCUUUUGCCAGACUGUUACCCUACUUACCAUCGGCUGUGGGAUCCUGCUUGUGGGGUCCUUGGACCCUUCCGUGGAACUUCUUUGGAGCCUCCCGUCUCUCUUCGAGAUGCUGCUCCCGCAUGGUCAUCCUUUACCCGGGUUCACCCUCCACAGGACCCUCGCCUUGUUGACUGGGUUCCGGUGCCCUCUGACCCGAUGUUCGCCACCGUCCUUCUUCAGUGCCCACCUGCCACCCGGGCUGCUUUCCUUCCAGCUACGUGCGCCGCUGCCGAUUUGCUCCGAGCAUGCAAUCGAAUGGUCCGGGACCUGUCUCUCAUCUUGGCACCCCCCGAAACUUGGUGUGGGACGGCUACCUCACCGAACCCAACUCUUUUUCUCCGGUCCGGCGACGUUCUCACUCUCGCUGGAGAGACCUGGGCUCCUCGCCUUCGCUCGCCGGCCGGGCGUUACUGGGACACGCUGCUCCAGGCGCGUCACUUCGCCUUCUGGGGAAGCCCUUUCAGCAUACGCCAACCUGGGCUCCUGUUUGCCUGGUCACCUGGUGACCCAGUCCCCCUCACUGUGCCCACGGUUCGUGAAGAACAAUGGGACCCCAUGCACUGCACAUUUCGGCCCUCCCUUGCCCGCUUCAGUGUCACUCGAUGGAUUCCUGCUCAGCGGCUUGACGACCUCGGUCUUCACCUUGUCCCGGAGAGCCCGAACCUGCACCGUGCGCACAGCCUCCCCUGCGCGUCCAGGUCGUUCCGCGACAAGGGGCAAGUGGCCUGCUGCGUGACGGAGAUAGCCUCUCUGGCUGUCGACCAACCCCGAGACUGCCAUGCUCUCGCGUUUGACUUUGGCCUCCUGUUCCGUACCAGCUGCUAUCUCCGCGCUCGGGGCGCGCCUGUUUGGAGCAGCACUGAUGGAAUUUCGUGGUCGGCCGAUGUUCAUGAGGAAUGCGUCGCCCAGGCGUCCAUACACCAACUCUGGUGGUCUCAUGAGCUUUACCCGUUUCUUCCCGCAUCCGCCCCUCCACCAUACCGUCAGGCUUUCUGCAACUUCCCGCUCUGGCACGGGGGAGUGCCUGACCAGGUCUUCAUUGCCACUGACGGCAGCGGCGAGCAUGGAGGGGCAUGGGCCUUUUGUGUGUGGGCUUGGUGGCGCCAUCGAUGGUACCGCGUCGGUUGGUUUGGGGCCUCUGGCUAUCAGCUUUUCUGGACCCCUGACCUGCCGCCCUCGGCAGGCGGCCUCUCCUUCCACACUGAACUCUCGGCCUUACAGGCUGCCGGACUCUGGCUUAUUGCCUGGGUUGACCGCCUGUCCCUUCUCACCGCCUCUGCCCCUGCCAAGGUUACUGUUGCGGUCGAUAACGCUGCGGCACUUCAAAUCGCAGCAGGGCAGGCCCAAGCCGCAGCACCUGCCACCACCACCACUCGGUAUGUUUGGCAAGCUGUUCAAGCACGGCUCUCCACACGGUUCCAGCAUGUCCAUAGCCACGUCGGAGUGCUCCCAAAUACCUUCGCGGACUUCCUUGCCGGCUGGUCAGGUCGAGUCUCCUGGCAACCGUGGAAACAGCUUGACCCCUUACUACCCACCCUCAUGCAAAACGCGGCCCCGUGGCUCUGGGUCAUCCCACAUGCUCGCGUCGUAAAGGGUCGGCCGUGCAUUUGUUUGGUCUCGCAGACCAUUUCAUGUGCCCCUGCUACUGAGGCUAGUGAAGUGCUCCCUCCUGUCGAGGAUACCUUGACAUCCACUGAGGCCGCUGCUCCACCGGGUCGUCCACUUGCCGAUUCUCCCAUCCCUUUGCGCUUGGUCACAGCCAAUGUUCAAACGAUGCGUGACUCCAAUGCUUCAUUCUUCAAUCCCUCAGGGCACGGUCAGAGGCGCCAGUACCUUUACUCUCAGGUUGCUACCUUAGGCCUCGACGUUGUCUGCCUGCAAGAAGCCCGUAGCAAGGGUGGCCGUUGGGACACAGCCGGCCUCCUCACCUGGCGCUCCGGCGCGCAGAAAGGGAGCUAUGGUUGUGAAAUCUGGAUAAGGCCUGGCAUUACCAAUCCGCCCUUGCGGCUCGAUGACUGGCGCAUCGCUAGUGCCGACCCUCGUCUUCUCGUUAUUGUCAGCAAGCGUGCGGACUUACCCAUUGCUGUCAUCGCCGCCCAUGCCCCCCACGCUGAGCGGCCUGCUUCUGAGAUUCACCACUUUUGGUCUUCGCUGCACUCGUCCCUGUGCCAGCUGCCUCGGGCUCUGUCUCUUGUUCUCGGCCUGGAUGCUAACGCUGACCUCCUUUGGGCGGACGAAGACCACGCCUAUAUCGGCGACUGUCUGGGCAACAGUGAGGAAGGUGCUGGCGAGCAAGGUCUUUUUGACACUAUUCAGCGUUUCGGCCUCCUUGCACCAGCUUCCUUCUCCGCCAUCCAACAGGGCCCAGGCUGGUCCUGGGAGCAUACGGGCGGUACCCGGAAGCGGCUCGACCAUCUCCUGCUUCAGGCGGGUCCAUGGCAGUGCACCCGCGCCCGGCAACUUCCCGAGUUGGACAUUCUCAACGGCCGCAGAGAUCAUAUGCCUCUCCUUGUUGAAUGCUGUCUUAAACGACAGGCGACACUGGCACGACCCCCCGGGGCAUCCAACCGAGCUACCGCUAAGCAAGCACAGCUUAUUGCUGCUAGCCUUUGGUGCGAGCUCCCGUCUCCCGUGCGCAGCAUCGCUGAGGUUGGACAGGAGAUCAGGGAUCUCAAAGCUAGGCACCUCCGCCUCUUGAAGGCCCUUCCGAGAGCUCCUCGGCGGCCUGCCCGCCAGCCCUACAUCACUGCUGAGUCUGUUGCCGCCCUGGAUGUUGUGCGGCAGGCUCGCGAGCAACUCCCGCGCCUCCGCAGUAAUGUCGAAUGGCAGAAACGACGCUUUCUUCUACUCGUGUGGCGAUGGAGUUGCGCCAGGGGUCGAUCCGACACUGUUGUCCCCCACCCAGACCCCACCGGGCUUCAACAUGCCAGGUUGUUGUUACAGGCCUGUAAUCUGCACAUCCGGGGUCUGCAGCAGAAGGCACACUAUCUAGCCCGUUCUGACAAGCUCGCCCAUUUCCGCACUCUUACCCUUGCUGCCACCCAGCACUGGGAAUCCACAGGUAUUCCUUUGGAAUCUAUCCGGCAUCUUCGAUGGGCCUCUCGCAAGGCCCAUGACCGUCGGGCUGUGCACGCCGCCGGCGGUUUCGACAUUGACCGUGAGCUUGAAGCACAAUUUCGUGACCAGGAAGGCGCCCGCCUCGUCUCUCCUGCACAGCUCUCAGAAACAGCCGAGCAGUGGCUCUCUGUCGAUGCCACUCGCUCCCCGUGCCUCGAGGCAGUUCCUUCACUGCUCCAAAUGGAGCAAAUGUGCAUCCGACAGGCACCAGCUAAGGCUCCAGGUCCUGACGGCCUGCGGAAUGAGCUCUGGCGGGAACAUGGAGCUCUUGCCGGUCAAUGGCUUUGGCCACUCUGCACCCGCAUUGCGCUUCAAGGCCGCGAACCCUUCGAUUUCAAGAAAGCCAUCGUCUGCGCCCUCUACAAAAAGGGCCCGGCAUCAGUACCUGCCAACUACCGUUCCAUCGCCCUCCUUAACGGCAUCGCUAAGCUGUGGCAUUCACACCUCCGCACCACGGUCGGCGGACAUGUGCUGUCUCGUUAUGAGCCCAUGCAGCUAGGAGGGCGCCGAGGUGUCCACACCGGGUUUGCACUGGCGGCUUUCCGAUGCGCCUGGGACCUUUCCGUUGCUGCGGGGCGGUGCGUUGCUGUUGUCUUUGUCGACAUCCAAGCCGCUUACUACGAGGCUAGCCCAGAUCUUCUUUUCGAUGGCUUCCCUGACGAGGUUGAUGUCCCGGAGCACCAUCACCUUGCUGGACUUGUCCUCCAGCUUCACGGCCAGGGGGCUCUCUCCGCUCUUGGCGUUGCUGAGGAUGUCAGCGCGCUCCUUCGGGAUUGUGUUGCUCUAUCCCACUGGUCGCUCUCCGGGUCGGACAACAUUUUCUUGGCCUCCCGAGGCUCCCGUCCCGGGGACGGCCUAGCUGACGUUCUGUUCGGCGCCCUAUUUGCCAUCGGGCUGCAACACAUCCAGCGCACUGCUUGUUCCAUGGGCAUCUCGCACACCAGUGCAGGGGUCGAGAUCGGCCUCGAGCCAGGCGUCAAGCCGAUUGGAUGGGCUGACGACCUUGCCGUCCUUGCGGACUUUGAUAGUCCUGCCGAGCUCCAAACACAGCUCCCCCAACUCACCGGUGUCAUUCUUGAUACCCUCCGGUGCUUGCGGUUCCGGGUCAACCUUGGGGCAGGCAAAACUGAGGCCCUUGUCGAUAUUAGGGGGGACGGCGCACGCGCUGCACGAGGCGCCAUGCUCAGCGGUGACGCCCUUUUGGAAGUUUCCAAAGGUGACAGCAUUCGACUUUGCCCUGAGUACAAAUACUUGGGUGUAGCCCAAUUGCCUCGAGACACCGGCAGGCGUGACUGCGAGCUGUCGGCACAGCGGGGGUCAGCGGCGGCGUCGCUUGCCCGAACCCUGCUGUGCAGCAAUUGCCUGCCCUGGGAACUGAAACGAGCCUGGAUUACCGGCCGCGUUCUCCCCUCAGCUUACUCCUCCUUGGCCUUCUCGCGAGCUGACUCCGCCCGGGCUGCUGCGCCAUUGGCUGGACUCUUUGAACGCACAGCUAGAAUCCUGCUGUCAUCCUGGCAAGUCGGUCACAAACUUACCACCCCCUUGCUUCGGCUUCUCGCUGAUAUCACCCCUCCUGACCUUGCUACCACUGUUAGCCAGUGCCGCCUUUGUGUGCAACUUUUCUGCAAGGCUCCAGCGGCUGUCAGGGAAAUUGUUGAUGCUGCGUGGAACCGGGCAAUCCCUUGGUGUCAGGCCCUCGUCCUUGCUUGUUUGCGAGUGGGAGUCGCCCUUGACUCCUGGGACCCCGCCGCUCCUCCCGCCAUCACUGUCCUGUUCGUUCAGCAGAACGGACGCGCUCUCCUUCGAGCGUGCAAAGCUCUGAGCAAAUUUGGGCACAGGUAUGCUGCCUGCGCCCAGCUUUGGGCGGACCUGGCCACCCGUCGCACCACCCAGAUCCUAGGUGCGCCACAAUCCCACAGUUGUCCGGUCUGUCGAGGUGUUUUCCCGAGCCUUCAUGCAGUCCGAGCUCACAUGCAUCGGAAACACGGCGUCCUGUCUGAUGUGACUGCCUAUAUGGCGGGCUCGGUUUGUCUUUGGUGCAUGCGAGACUUCCAAUCCUCGGAUCGACUGAAGCACCACCUUCAAACGCAGCGCUCCUGCCUGCACGGCCUGCGCGUUACAGUCGGCCCUGUCUAUCAGUACGGUUCGGGCACAAAACGCUCGGGUCGCGCCAGCCACCGGGGAGUCCCUCCGCAACGCAUCUGCGGGCCUUGCAAUGCCACCCCAGCGCAGAGAAGGGCGGCCGACCUUGGGGUGCCGGCAGACGACGCGGCCCUGCAAGCUGAGUGGGACGCUGUUCAACGCUCCCCUGCCCUCUCGGACCUCGUCCCCGGCAACCUGCAUCGGCCAUCUUCCCUGUCGCCUUCCGACGAUGCCUUCGGCGCACAGCAGGCCUGCCAGAUCUCCGCUGCUUGUGGUUCCUCCCCCAAGUCCCCUGCCUCCCAGAAUUCCCGCUCGGCCACUGUUGCGGCGGCCUCUCCUGCGCAACACCCUUUGCAAUGGUUCUCCGUUGUGGAAGGGGCUGCUGGUUGUGACGACUGGGCUCUUCCCUCGCCCUGGUGGCCUGGGCUUCUUGGCCUCGGAGGUGUCUUUCAGCUUCCCUCCUCCUGGCACAGGCUCUGGCCUAUGUGGUCCGCGCUCGAGUUCUUUGAACCUUGGGAGCAUCGGGCCAUCCGUCGCUUUGGUGCGCUGCGCUCCGCCUCUUCGUGCGGGUUAGGCGCAGCCGCCUCCCUUGCUGAUGCCACCACUGGCAAGUGGUCCCUGUUGGAGUUGGCCGCUGCCACGGUGUCCUUCCGUAUGAUCUGCAAGGCUGUCCUCCGCAGCGGUGCCCUCUGGCUUUGGGGGCGCCCCAGCAAUUCAGGUCUUGCCCUGCUGCGCCGCCUGCUCCCGGCGGCCUUCUUCUUGGACUUCCUUUCGCCGAGGGGUCGGGUCUUCCUUGUCGCUAGCUCUGCUUCCUUGGCCUCCCUUGUGCGUGCAGUCUUUGCUCGCCCUGCCUGCUCGGCCGUGGACGAUUUCUAUUCCAUGCAAAUCCUCAACAUUCUGCUGAAGGGCAAAGCAGAUCCUAACAAACCCGACGAAGACGGCUUUACGGCUCUCCACUACGCCGUAAAGUACGGGCACCAGCAGAUGUCAUGCUUGUUGAUCAAGAACAAGGCAGAUAUCAACUUCCGCAACAGACAGUUCAACGAGCACAACCGCCAUGCAGGGAAGACCGCCCUGAGCCUCGCUGUGGAGCAGGCGGAUGUCGAUAUGGUCGGCACAUUGCUCAACUACGACGCCGAUGUGCAGACUGCUCUCGAACCGACCAGCACGUCCUGGAUUCUGCAUAACCUGAUCGGGCAGAGAUAUGUGCAGGUGCGGCAGAUGCUCAUGUACAAGCAGAACUAUUACAUGCCAGGCGCCUUCACCUUCCCUACGGGUGGCCGCAAGGAUCUGCCAGUGAGCGGCGACAAGGAGGCGCUGCAGCGUGACCUGCUUCGCACAGCAUCUAUGCCGGGUUCCGACGCCACGGGUCGCCUGAAGUCGCUCUUGGACUGCGUGGAACUCUCCUGCACAGACUUCCGCGGGCGCAGCGCGCUGUGGAAGGCCAGCUUCUGCGGUGACAUCGACAAAGUGGAGUGGCUUGUGCGAGGAAGAGCAGACCUGCGUCAAACCGAUCUGUUGUCAGGGGCCAGUGCGCUCCAAGUCGCAGCCCAGCAGGGCCACAACCAGGUUGUGCAGUUCCUGUGUGAGAAACGGGCCAAUCUCGCCCAGAGAGACAAGUACCAGGUGUCUCCGCUCUACGUCGCAAGUCAGUUUGGCCACGAGGAUGUUGUCCGCUUUCUGGUACAUCAUCGAGCAGAAGUGAACCAUACAACUGUAGAUGGGGCCACGCCGCUCCACAUCGCCGUGCAGCAGGGCCAGGCCACUGUAGUCAAGAUUCUUCUCGGCAUGCGGGCCGACGUACAUCUCGUGCUGCCGAAUGGAUUCACACCUCUGUGUAUCGCCGUGCUGAAUCAGCGCCCCGAGAUUGUCGAGAUGCUGAUCGAGGCCUCAGUGGAGGUAAACAAGGCCAUCAAGGAUCCUGUGGAUGAAAUGCAGAAGCCACCACUGGUGAUCGCAGCAGCAUGCGGGCACACGGACGUUGUGCGCAUGCUCGCUCGUUCUCGUGCAGAUGUGGAGCAGGCGGAUCCUUCUGGUGACACCGCCAUGGAAGUUGCCAAGAAGGCCGGCUACGAAGCGGUGGUUCGAAUCCUCGAGGGCACGGAGCCCCUGGACAUUGAACCCGCACCGCCCAGAGCUCCAACACCAGGAUUGGACGCCGGCGCCGGUACCGAGGAGCCGGCCCCGGCCGAGGACGACAACACCGCUGGCUGCGGACGUCCGAUCUGCAGGCACUACAUCCGCAACGAGUGCAAUCGUCGAAACUGCCGCUACUGCCAUGGACCGCACUGCCGCUUCUGCAGGGCGCAGGAAGUGUCAAUGCAGGGAGACCGCGCAUGGGCUGCGCGGGGGCCGAUGCCAACGCACGCGGAUCGGGCAGACUUCUACUUUCGUGGGCAUAACCGAUGA